CUGUUCCUCUGGAUGUACCUGCUUGGGGUCCUGGGGAACCUACUCAUCAUCCUGGCCGUCGGCUCCGACCCGCACCUGCACACCCCCAUGUAUUUCUUCCUCAUCAAUCUCUCCCUGGUCGAUGCCUGUCUAUUAUCUACCAUGAUCCCCAAGAUGUUGGCCAUCCUCCAGACCCAAGAUAAAUCUAUAUCGUAUGCUGGCUGCCUGGCCCAAAUGUUUUUUUUCCUUCUGUUUGCAGGUCUAGACCAUUUCCUCCUCAUUGGGAUGGCUUGUGAUCGCUACCUGGCUAUAUGUCACCCCCUCCACUACACCACCAUCAUGAACCCACGGCUCUGUGCCCUGAUGGUUGCUGGGUCCUGGAGUGCCAGUACCCUUGAUGCCCUGGUUCACACAUUAUUGGUGGUUCCGCUAUCUUUCUGUACAGACAAUGAAAUCCUUCACUUUUUCUGUGAGCCUAACAGGGUCCUAAAGCUUUCCUGCACAGACACUUUGAUCAAUGAUGUAUUGCUGUAUGUGCUGACUGUUAUAUUGGGUAUUAUUCCCUUUGUGGGUAUCAUUUUCUCUUACACCCGCAUCAUAACCACCAUACUGAGAGUCCCAUCUGCCAAAGGAAGAUAUAAAGCCUUCAACACCUGUUGCUCACAUCUAUCAGGGGUCUCCUUAUUCUAUGGCACUAGUUUAGGGGUCUACCUCAGCCCCGUAUCUACCCAAGCAUCAUGGAAGGGCUCGAUAGCCUCCGUGAUGUACACGGUGGUCACCCCCAUGCUGAACCCCUUCAUCUACAGCCUGAGGAACAAAGACAUGAAAGAGGCUCUGAGAAAUUUGUUCAGAGGGAAAACUGUCAUCAUGUAA